AUGCCAUCAACUUCAACUACACAUCAUCCAGCGUUCAUCACAUGGGAUAAGGAUCCUUUCAUAAGGCUUCCUCGACCAGCCAUAUUAGUGGCUAAAAAAAUGAACUCUGCCUCUGGAUCGUCAGGAGGACUUUCGAUCUCAAAUGCCCAUCAAAGCAGUUCUAUAUCUGAGGCUUCUGAAAGAUUAUCUACUUCAACUUCAACCGACCACCAUACUAAUCUUCUCUCUGGACCUUCCGGAGACGGUUUAGUAUCGACAGGUUUGCAGCAAGGAAAUGACGUUACCUCUGAAUCCCUCAAAGGUCUAAUAUCAUCAAUUUCACAAGGGAGUAACCUUGCCAGACAGGAUAAAAGUGAUGGUGUUGUUUCAACGACUGUAUUGCCAAUCACUUACAGUGAUAGAACCAUCGAUAGGGCUGAUGCUCUGCUCACCACAACUCAGAAACCAGCAUUCAUAACAUCAGAUAAAAAUCCUCUCAUACCGGUGCAUCAACCCACUGCAAUGCCUUCUUCUAUAGAAGAGAGCAACGCUACGCCUAGCAGUUCGAUGGCAUCUGCAACUUCAGUUGUUGAACAGCACAACAUCUCUUCUGCAUCUUCCAAAGGCUCGUUAACUUCAGUCGAUCAUCAGCAUACAAUGUCAUCUGAAUCCAAUUCAGCUCUGGCCAUUGCUGAGAAUCACAGUUCUAGUGGACAUCUUGUUGAAUCUGAGAAUUCGAUAGCUGAAGGAAGCAAAUCCACGCAAGAACCUUCGACAGCUCAAACAGUAUCGUCUGAAGAACAAAAACUCGUUGAUUCUAUUCCAACGACUGCAGUACCGGUCACCACGUCAACUCAGAAGCCAGCUUUUAUAACAUGGGAUAAAGAUCCUUUCAUAAAAUUCACUAGGCCUACUCUAAAAACUUCAACUGAACGGUCCUCUCAAGCAAUGUCAACUUCAAUUUUGCAACAGAUGCAUGUUUCUCACGGUGACUCUGGAAGUUACGCUUCUGCUGAUGAGUCUAGAAGUCAUUCUUCUGCCGGUGACUCUGAAAGCAGAAGUAGUCAUUCCGGAGGUUCUUCAUCUUCUACUGUCCUAGAAAGCAGUUCUUCUUCUGGUUCCUUGCAAGGAUCCUCAGGUUCGGUUGUCCAUGAAAAUAAGCUCACUUCUGGAUCUCGUACGGAAUUCUCAAGCGCACUUGCUCACGAAAACAAUGAAUCCAUUCAACCCCUAGCAACAACUUCGACUCCAGAUAUCCCGCAAGGAACUGUUGAGGUGAUCACACCUACAGCUCUUCCAAACACCGCAGUCAGCACCCAAAGCAGCAUUCCACUCAGUUCGACAAGUCGUCCUCUAUUCAUAACAUGGGAUAAAAAUCCAUUUAUCAGACUCAAAAAACCAAUCCCAUCAUGGAAAAUACACCCAAAUACGUCCGCAUCACUGCUCAAUUCGUUCGCGUUUGGGAUUUCUGAACAGAAAAAUGUUUCGACCAAAAAUCUAACUUCAAUCAGUGGAUCAAAUGUUAUGAGACAAUCAAGCAAUAAUAAAACAUAUGAAACUUUGCAAACAAAUAUGCAAUCAAAGGAAAGAGAAGCCAAAUUAAAUCCAUCGAAUUCUAUGAAUAUUUUUUCGACGUCAUCGGUUUCAGCUCUCAAAACAGGUUAG